CUUCACCAUCAGCACCUAUAAUUCUCUUCCAUCUCUAUUUCCCACCGCACAAGUGUUCAAAUAAAAGACAAAAAUGCCUUCCUAUCUGCGUGCGUCUACGCUCGGUGUCACUGCUCUCUCGAUUUGCCUCGCCCUGGCAGUCAUUGGCACAGCGGGUCGAAGUCUGCACGUCUACUAUCAUCAGCAACACUCAAACCCUUGGCUUCUCCCACUAUGGCCCGGCCACUUCGACUCGCAAGAAUUGCAACUUUUGAUAGGAUCAUCAUGCGCAGUUGUUGUGCUAAAUGCCAUCCUUGCAGUCGCUCUUCUCGUUCCAGCCCUCCCAUUCAACACCCUCAAUCUCGCCACCACCCUCCUCAGCACCCUUAUCACAGCCCUCACCCUCGCGUUCACAACCAUCAUAAACCACAGAGCCCCAGGAAAAGACACCCUCCAAACCUGGACUUGCCGCUGGAGCAGCAGCCAAACCCUCCAAGGCAGUCCACCCAGCCAAUUCCAAGGGUUGUGCACGAAAACCCGCUUCGCAUACUACACCACCAUUCCCCUCCUACUCUUACAAAUCCUGCUCUUCGCAUUCGCGCUCUGCAACGCCUUCUCCACGCGCUCAUCUUCGCAUCGCCAGAACCGAGCAUUGGAGAAAGUGGGGAGUGGCGAUGACAUGCAGCUGCGCGACGUGAGCAGCACGCGGAACUUGACGUUCGAAGCGAAGCAGGAGAGUGGCAGUGGGCGGAGCCGAAUCUGGCGGGAUGAGAAUGGGUAUUAUGGGGUUGAGACGUGACUUCUGCCCCUACGAUAUUGGUCGAAGGAUGGAGGGGAUUGGUGGCUGUUUCGGGCUUGAUGUAUAGUACUCUUUCGUUACCAGGGCGUUUGUAGAGGG